UUCAGCUGCACAGGGGAACAAUACCUGCUCUGUCGGAAUAGCAAGAACAUUGGAAUCUAUUCGUUAUUUUAUCCAAACAAAUACAAAUAUAUAUAUUUCACAAACGCAAGGAUUUUUUAAUUUUUGGCAGAUUGUUUUCACCUCUCAUAUCUAUUGGAUAAAGUUGUAGCCUAUUGUAACGUCAGUAACGUUUUGAAUGCCAAUAUUAUAUUAUUAAACAGACCUGGAAUUACAUGAAUGCGUUGCCGAAUCGUCAUUUGGAUAAAAAUUAGCACUUGAAGAGAUUUUGGCUGUAACGAAAUGAAGAGUCUUGAUAUCUUCGGUUUGAAGGAUUGCAAGUGAGGGUCCUUCCUAUUGAAGAUGGCUCCCAGUGUGUGUGGUGUGUCUCUGGCUGUGGUGGUGGUGUUAGUGACCCUGGUGUCUCCUGGAGGUGCCUGCCCUCGGCCCUGCUCCUGCUACCAGCCCACUGAACUACACUGCACCUUCAGGUCCCUGCUCACCAUACCACAGCUUCUACCACAACAUACACUACACAUCAACCUAGGGUUCAACAGUAUCAGCAUGAUCCCAGACAGCUCAUUGGCUGGUCUGAGGAGGCUGGAGCUGCUGAUGCUUCAUGGUAAUGACAUCCGUGAGAUUCCUGACCGAGCGUUCCAAGAUCUGUCCUCCCUUCAGGUCCUGAAGCUAAGUUAUAACAAGCUGAGGGAGAUCUCAGCAGAGAGCUUCUCAGGCCUGUCCUCACUACUGCGACUCCACCUGGAUCACAACCAGCUGCAGUUCCUGCACCCCCAGGCCCUGCUCCGCCUCCCCAACCUCAGACUGAUCCGACUGCAGGGGAACCGGCUCCACCAGCUGCACCCGCAGGCCUUCUGCACUCUAUCCCUACUGCAGACAUUCUGCUACUCCAACCUCAGGCAUCUGGAUGUGUCCAACAACAGUCUGACUAUCCUGCCUAGGGACACACUGAGGACUGCCCCUCUUCUGGAGUCCCUGGCUCUGCAGGCCAACCCUUGGUCCUGCGAUUGCAGCAUGGCUUGGAUGCAGGCCUGGAGCAUCUCUCACCCAGGGGUGUUGAAAUGUCCGGGGCCGCAGUGCCCGGUCUGUGCCUCACCCAAACACAUGAAGGGUCAUGGCCUUUUGCAGCAGAAAGACCUAUCCUGCACCUCGCCUGUCAUCUCCACCAAUCCCAGAGCCUCAUCUCAGGAGGAUGGCGAAGUUCAACCAAUAGAAACCUUUAGAGAGGCUUUAGGCAACGCCUCCCUGGGGAUGUCUGACCAACAGGGGAAUGCCGUUGAUCUGAAGUGUAACAUCACACACUCCUCACAGACUCCUGACAUUACCCCACCACACCUCUCCUCCUCCUCCAUCCCCCUCUCCAUCUCCCUCUCCCUGGACUGUGGGGUGGAUGGGCACGGCUAUGAGAGGCUGUGGAGGCUGCUGGCCUACUACAGUGAGAUGCCUGUCAGGCUUCAAAGAGAAAUAAUGUUGAGUAAAGCCCCAAGACUUGCCUACAGGUACAGACAGACAUCAGAGAAGGAGGGCUACUACCAUACAGGGGUCAGGGCCAGUAUUCAAGCCCAGCCUGCCUGGUUACUGCAGCCCCAUGUCAGUCUAGAGCUCAACAGAGCUCAGUCCAGCGCCCACAGGGUUAAACUGACCCUGUCCACCCUGGUGUUUGCCCCCCCAGACCCCCCAUCCCCACAAUCCUGGGUUCUCAUCCAGACCAACCACACCCACACAGCUUUUACUGCAGCUGCAGACAGACAGAUCCACCUGCCCUGUCCUGUCCUCAGCUCUAUUGGAGACCUAAGUUCUGGAGACCACAGGCUCCAGUGGGUUUUCCCAGAUGGUUCAACAGUCUCCUCUCCCUACCGCAGCUCAGAUGGUAGGGUCAGGGUGUCUGGCCAGGGGUUGGUCCUGCAGAGAGUGGAUCACUCUGAUGCUGGACUGUACUAUUGCGUUGCCCGGGCUGGGGGAGAUGUUGAUGUUCUCCCCCUCCGUCUGGCGGUGGUAGAAUCAUCCAACCCUCCCCCAGGGGAGGAGCUGGGCCCUGCUGUGACUGGAUUGGUUGGAGACCCUGUCAGUCUGCCGUGCGAGGCCUCUGGUACACCGAGGGUUGAGGUGAACUGGGUUCUUCCUGGCGGGAGAGUGGUAGGGAGUAGGAACGAGGGGAGGAGAAAGGACGAGGCAGGGGUGAAGGUCUUGGCCAAUGGUUCCCUGUCUCUCCCCAACCCUGCGCUGGGAGAUGCAGGCCUGUACCGGUGUGUAGCGGUGAACCAGUACGGUGCUGACUCUCUCUCCACCAGACUGAUGCUCACCCCGCGUCCUGACACCUCAUCACAUAUGAGAUAUCUCAUGAGGCCACAAUCUGCGGCGGGGGUGUCCAACAGGGUACGAGCCCCUCUAGGGGGUGAGGAGAUUGAAGCGGGGGGGUCAGGAGAUGAUGAGGGGGAGAACAUUCUGUCCACUAGGGCAGGUUACAACAGGACACGGCGUCCCCCCAUCAGAUCCCACAUGGUGAGGGUGGAGGGAAGCAGACCACCCCAAAAGGGCAAGAAGCCCUUGAGGAGAGGCUUCCCUGUGGAGCAGAGGAGGAACAGGCUGGCGGGCCGGCGGAGCUUUAACCUGGCCAAGCACAAAAUAGACCCUCAGAAAUGGGCCGACCUGCUGACUAAGAUACGUGAAAGGACUGCCCCUAAAAUCACAGACUCCCUGUAUGUACCACCCCCAACAAGAGCACAGACAACCACCUCAGCCCCAACUGAAGCACAGACAACCACCUCAACCCCAACUAGAGCACAGUCAACCAGAAUACAGACCGAUAGCAGACAUACAGAAAGCAAUCACACAACCAGAAGAAAGCCAGGCAGCACACAGCCAAGUAGCACACAGCCAGACAGAAUACAGACAGAGAGAAUACAGACAACUAAAACACAGACAACCAGAAUACAUACAGACACCACAAUACCAAACAGCACACCAGAAGUAAGCGUGGGAAGAAACUCUGAUCAACGACUUGUAUUGGACUCAGAGGCUGAUACCUCAAAGAGUUCUUCCACAGAUGUCCCCAGUCUACAGGAAGAGUGGUUAAACACCAUCCAUACAUCACUAAUCCCAGAUCUGCUAACAAAGGAUAGAGUGGCCCCAGAGAAACCAAACACUUCAGAUCUGAGCAAUAACUUCCCCCAGAACCCUAAGUCAAACACAGACACAGACACAGAGACAGGGACAGAAACAGAGACAGAGGGUUCUCCUAAAAGCACAAAGCCAACCUCCAAUGUCAAUUACACUAGCACAGAGGAAAGGAGACAGAGUGUUAUCCCUGUAAGGACUACAGGUGAGGGGGAGAGGACUGGAACAACAAACUCUGGAAGGGUAAUGUUCUCCAACUCUGUUCCGUCGCGGCCCAGAAUCCCCUGGAAUGCCAGCAAUAGGCCUGGCCAGAGGAGACGCAUCAACAGACUCAGAGGACGACCCAUGCCCCGCCAAAGAGUCCCAGGUCCAACCUCCUCUCGCCAGAAUACCCUAAAUCCCACUACCACCAGAGCAGCACUUACAAAGCCCAGGAAACUGCCAGUACCUGCUACAACCAUAACUAGAAGCACUACUACUACUACUACUACUACUCCAUCCUUAACUAGGAUCACUGCUCCUCCAUCAAGCACAUCUGUCUCCCCCCCUGCCUCCCUUCCUGCCUCACCCCCUUCACCCCAGACAUACACAGACAGGGUGACUCACUUAACAAACACUGCUGCUCCGCUCCCUAAAAGGUCCCAAACGACUAUCACACACACACGCACACACAGUAGCACACACACAGGCAAACAUACACCCACAGUCACUCACAGUCACACAGAAAAACAGAGUUAUGCUAUAACAGAGGGUCAGGUCGGGGCCACUCCAAAAGAGCAGGAUCCAUCUGUCUUCAACCAACACAACCCAGAGGAUAUCAAAGCAACUACCCCUCGUUCUGGAACCACACCAGGUGGAACAACACCUACUGGUACUGAGAAAGAACCCAGUGAGAUAGAAUCCAGUGAGAUAGAACCACUCUACCCAGAAACUAAGGAAGAACUCAGUGAGAUAGGACCACCGGCCACUGAAAAAAAAACCAGUGAGAUAGAACCACCAGCAACUGAUGAAGAAGAACCCAGUGAGAUAGAACCACCAGCAACUGAUGAAGAAGAACCCAGUGACAAAAAAACACCAGCAACUGAUGAAGAAGAACCCAGUGAGAUAGAACCACCAGCAACUGGUGAAGAAGAACCCAGUGAGAUAGAACCACCAGCAACUGAUGAAGAAGAACCCAGUGAGAUAGAACCACCAGCAACUGAUGAAGAACCCAGUGAGAUAGAACAACCAGCAACUGAUGAAGAACCCAGUGAGAUAGAACCACCAGCAACUGAUGAAGAACCCAGUGAGAUAGAACCACUAGCAACUGAUGAAGAACCCAGUGAGAUAGAACCACCAGCAACUGAUGAAGAACCCAGUGAGAUAGAACCACUUUACACAAUCACUGAAGAAGAACCCAAUAAGAUAGAACCAGUCUAUCUAGCACCUGAUGAACCAGAGGAGAGACAGCCAGAGUUAGAAAUAGACAGCUCUUUUUCAUCUACAAAACAACUACUGCCCCCAACUACAGCUAAUACAGCAGCUAUCACUGCUUCAGCCAUCACCUCCUCUACAGUCAUCACCUUUAUUAGAAGAACUACCACUAUAACUAUUCCUACAACUACUACCACUAUUCCUACAACUACUACCACUAUUCCUACAACUACUACCACUAUACCUACAACUACUACCACUAUACCUACAACUACUACCACUACUAUUCCUACAACUACUACCACUAUUCCUACAACUACUACUACUAUUCCCACUACUACUACCAUUCUUACUAAUACAAUAGUCUGGAGGAACCCAGGAGUAAACUCCAUCCCAGACUCACAUGGUAGUCGCUACCGCCCCCCAUCUUACCCCACCUACUCACAACACUCCAGCAGCCAGCACCCCUAUGUCAUCAUUAGGCCUGACCCAGUAAGAACUCCACUUCAAACUCCACCCCCUAUAAAACACGCACCCUCUCUACCACACCCUAUCAAGCCCAAACUUCUUCUCCCAGACAUUUUAGAGACCCCUUCCUCUGCAGUCUCAACCACCAGAGCUCCCUCCAGCUCCCCAAAGACCUCCACACCCACCACAGACAGUCAGGCUGGACUCAACCCUGAGUCCACCCGUCCUCAUUCCCCUCCCGCGUCUCCAGUCCAUAGUGUGACUGCCCAACGCCCCCCUCAGACCUCCGUCUUGCGUGUCCGGCCCCGUAUCGCUCCCCCUCACAUGCGCUCCAUGUCUGUCCCAGCUGAGAUUGAUGCCCUCCUGCCCUGCGAGGCCAUUGGACAGCCUCCUCCAACAAUCACCUGGACCAAGGUCUCCACAGGAGCUGUGAUGUCACUGGACUACAAGGCAGAGCGUUUCCAGGUCCUACCCAACGGAACCUUUCUCAUCCGGAGCGUGCAGGUCCAGGACCGGGGGACAUAUAUCUGCAGCGCACAGAACUCUGUGGGCCUGGACCGUGCAUUGGUGACCCUGGAUGUCUGGUCCCGCCCACCCCGCAUUCAGCUACCCAACCACAGAGAUGCAACGGUGCCCCAGGGGGGUGAGGUGAGGUUAGAGUGUCAGGCUCAGGGGGUGCCGGUUCCUCUGCUGUCUUGGGUACUACCUGACCGCACCGUCCUAACCCCUGACCCUAACCCCAACCCUGCCCUUGGCACUCACCCCCGGGUGUCUAUAUUCCCUAAUGGUACUCUGCGUAUCUUGGUGGCCGGCCCAGCAGACAGAGGACUGUAUCGCUGUGUAGCCUCCAACCCAGCAGGGGCUGGCAGUCUGUCAGUCCGACUCCAUGUGUCCUCUCUUCCUCCAGUCAUCCAGGAGCCCAGAGAGGAGAGGGUAACCCGGCCCGCUGGUUUGCCUCUCUACGCCCAAUGCUCUGCCCGGGGAGCUCCCGCUCCCUCCAUCCGCUGGAGGACCCCUGACGGCACCUUUCUGCUCCCCUCUCAAUUCCUCAACGGGAACCUGUUUGUCCUCCCCAAUGCCACCUUGCUGAUACGCAAGCUAGCCACUAAGGACUCUGGGAGCUACGAGUGCCUGGCGACUAAUGCGGUGGGCGGGGAUAAGAGGACGGUGAGGGUGGAGGUGACUGGAGAUGGAGGAGGAGGAGAAGUUGUCUCCAUGGAUAAAAUUACCUUCUCUUCCAUUAACAGUAAAUUUGAUCUUCCCCCCUCUUCCCCCGUCCUUAACCCUCCCCUCCCACCCUCCUCCCCCCUCAGUAAGGCUAGGAUCCUCUCCACCUCUCCAUCCAGUUCUAUAGUCAUAUAUGGUGAAUCUCUGCUCCUUUACUGUUCAGCAACUGGCAACCCAGAGCCUAGAGUGGUCUGGAGGGUACCUGGCAAGAAACUAGUGGAUGCCCGCUACAGUUUUGACAAGAGGAUGAAGGUGCACAGUAAUGGAACGCUGUAUAUCCAGUCCGUGACGGAGAAAGACGGGGGGGACUAUUUAUGUGUCGCACGAAAUAAGAUGGCUGAUGACUUCCGCCUCCUCCAGGUCACCGUGGCCACAAAGCCUGCUAAGAUUGAGCCAAAGCAGCCAUCCAAUCUGAAGGUGGUAUCGUACGGAGCAGCUCUAAAGGUAGACUGUCUGGCGACCGGCCAGCCCAACCCUGCAGUAAGAUGGAGCCUCCCGGAUGGAACCUCAGUGAAAAGUCUCCUGUUGCAGGUGGAAGAGAGAGGGAGGCGCAGCCGGCGACUGGUGGUUUUUGACAAUGGAACACUGUUCCUCCCCUCGGUGGGGAUGGGGGAGGAGGGGGAGUAUGUCUGCCACGCUGAGAACCAUGGGGGGAGGGACACUAUGAGUGUGAUGGUCAAAGUCCUCACCUCACCUCCCUCCUUCCCCAGUACCAAAUAUGAGGUCGUCAAGGUGCAACAAGGGGGCGCAGUGGCUCUGAACUGUGGGGCUAAAGGAGAGCCUGUCCCUACGAUCACAUGGCUCUCUCCAAUGAAUCGUGUCCUCCCAGUGGAAGGAUCAGGUCCGGUUGCGGUGCAGCAAGACGGGUCCUUGGUGAUCCAGGGGGCUAGAGGGGCUGACGGAGGAAACUACACUUGCCGAGCCAGCAAUGCUGCUGGGGAGAGGAGCAAGGUGAUAGGGGUGGAGGUGAUGGUGACACCACCCAGCUUCACUCUCAAUGGGGCUGGGGGUGGGAUCAAUGGGGCAGACAGACAGAUAGCUGUUGUUAGUGGUAGUGGACUGAGUGCUGUGAUCUCCAUCAGUCAGUCUGCAGGGAGGGAUCAUAGGGUCAGUGCAGGUAAUUGUGUCAGUAAUAAUGGAGACAGUAAAGUAGGGGACCAAAGGGUCUCAGCAGUUAGAGGCCAGACAGUUCUUCUGCCAUGUCCAUCCCAGGGCUUCCCUCUCCCCCGCCUGGCCUGGUUGCUGCCCGGUAACGGGAUUCUCCCGGUGCCCUACUAUGGCAGCAGACUCACCGUCCACCGCAAUGGAACCCUGGAGCUGAGGGGGGUGAGGGCAAGCGACUCCGGCAUGCUGGUGUGUGUCAAUCGUGGUGAGAGGGGUGAGAAUCGGAGAAUGGUACACCUGGAAGUCUCAGACACAAAGGACACACCUCACUCCAGAGGCCCAGUGACCACCGAGAAACCUUGCCCAGUAGGCCCAGUUAGCACAGAACAACCUCGUCCAGUAGUCCCAGUCAGCAGAGAGAAACUUCGCUCAGGAGGCCCAGACAGAGAGGAGACACCUCGCCCCAGAGGCCCAGUGACCACAGAGAUAUCUCGCCAGGAGACACCUCGCCCUACAGGCCCAGUCACCAAUGAGAAACCUCACUUAGGAGGCCCAGUCAGCACAGAGAACCCUCUGCCAGGUGUCCCAGUCCAAGGGGACACACCUCACCCAAGAGGCCCAGUGCCAGAGGCAGGGAGGAGUGUUGUCCUGGAAAGGAAGCGUGUGGUCACCAGCAUAUCAGGCUCUCUGGUCAGCAUCAUCAACGGAGAAAAUCUACAGCUACCCUGCCCCCAGACAGACAGCCCCAGUCAGGGCUCCAGCCAGACAGAGUCUCUGACCUGGAAGUUGCCCAGCGGGGUGGUCGUGUCUCGGGGACAGGCGGCAGGGACGGGUCGGUACUCAGUCCUGGAUGACGGGACUCUGACGGUGCAGCAGGUGUCUGUGUUUGACAGGGGGACCUACUCCUGCCGAUCCACCAAUCAGGACACAUCGUCUAUCUUGACAGUUCCAGUGAUUGUCAUCGCCUACCCCCCUCGCAUCACCAACGGACCCCCUCCCCUCACCUACACCCGUCCUGGUGUUGCCGUUCAGCUAACCUGCUACGUCAUAGCAACCCCAAGAGCGACCAUCACCUGGGAGAUGCCGGACCAAUCCCAGCUCAGGGUCACAGGUCAGGCCCGUCUCUAUGGCAACCGGUACCUGAGUCCCCAGGGUUCCCUGGUGAUCCAGAACCCGACCAGCAGAGACACAGGGUUCUACCGUUGUUCUGCACGGAAUGUCAUCGGAACUGACACCAAGGCCACUUAUCUACAUGUGAUCUAACAGAACACACACACACAUCAUUUUUGCCCAAAGAAACUGCAAAGUUUAGUGCAGAAAAUACUGUUCAACUAAAGACUGAGGUGUUGAUUAAAGAUUGUAAAUAGAGAUAAAAACAAACACAUGCGUCUUACAGCCAGAGUGUGUUAAAGAUGUACAAGAAAUCAGCAGCUGAGAAGCAGCAGCAUCCAUCAUCAAUAAAUAAGUGUCAACACAAACUAUACCAGGCUUUAAGGACAUCAGCUGUCAAAACACACGUCAUGCAAUACAACACAUUCAGCUCUGUAUCACAACCUGUAUGUUUAUGUGAACCUUUACCUCCAUAAUAUCUCAAAGCUGCCCUAUUUAUCUUGUUGUAUUGUUGUGUACUGUUGAGCAGAGCAAAUGUUUGAUAGUGGUCACAGAACUGCUCCAGUGAUAGUUCUGUGGAGCCUCAGGAGUCUGCAGUGCUCUGUGUCUGCAGCGCUCUGUGUCUGCAGCGCUCUGUGUCUGCAGCGCUCUGUGUCUGCAGCGCUCUGUGUCUGCAGCUCUCUGUGGCUGCAGCUCUCUGUGGCUGCAGCUCUCUGUGGCUGCAGCACUCUGUGGCUGCAGCUCUCUGUGUCUGUAGCUCUCUGUGGCUGCAGCUCUCUGUGGCUGCAGCUCUCCAACCCUGCAACCUCGACCACUCUUCCAGUCAUAGGCUUUACAUACGUCCCAGAUCAUGUUAAAUAAACACAACAGUUACCAAGUCUUUGAAGAUGGUAUUUGUAGUAAUUACAUAUGUUUCAUAUAGAGUAGCAUAGAUUUGUGUGUGGCUCCAGUGUUACAUCAAGUAUGUGUAAUAUCCAUGUGAAAGCUGAUAUCAUUCAUGUUUUUAUAAACACUCCUUUGAUGUUUUCAUUUUGUUUAAAUUAUUUGUCUGUAAAGACUGUGAUGUAAAGUUGUUAUGUUGUGCCUCUUGUCAUAAAGAGAGAGAUGUACUGUAUAUCUAAUCUCUCAAUAGCCUUUUUAAAUUAUGCUUUAUUUUCAACUGCUUUAUUUGAUAAAUAAAAUAGAAGAGGAAUUCAGUCUGCUCA